CCAUCGGAUAAGCCAUCACAAUAGAGUCCGGUAUGUGAUUCCGCUGAACAUAUUGUCCCGGAAUUUUCCAAUCUCUUUUGUCUUGAAGACACAAGUUUCUGGCGAAGUUUGUCGCUAAACUCAUGAAAUCGGACGUCUAAUUUGAUCUAGACAGCAUCUUUCGGAGCAAUUUGUUCCUAUCCACGUGGUAGGGAUCCGCAUUGUGACAUUCAUCAAGGUCAAUAUCCGUGAUUUCCACACCACGAGGACAAUGGCUUUCCCAACUUUAGAUCAAAAGCUGGUCGCAACCGUCACCGACUAUGUUAAGCAGUACAUGGCCAAAUAUGACGGGUCACAUGACUUCAACCAUAUCCAGAGGGUUUCUGGACUUGCAAGGCACAUCUAUGCCAACUCCCCAGACCGGGAGGCACUCGAUUUCCAGACAAUUGUCCUGGGUGCCCUGCUGCACGAUGUUGGUGACAAAAAGUACCUAAAACCUGGCGAAGACGCCUCAACUCUCGUCCUUGACUUGCUACUGUCUUACGGCGCAGAUGAGCAAUUGGCACACAAAGUCCAGACAAUUUGCCUUGGCGUUAGCUAUUCCAGCGAGAUCAAGGAUCCCGCUCGAGUGCAGGACCUCAUAAAGCAAUACCCAGAGCUGGCAAUCGUGCAGGAUGCAGAUCGACUGGACGCCAUCGGUGGUGUAGGCAUUGGGAGAUGCUUCACCUUCGGAGGUGCCAAAAGCGAACGCGCUAUGGAUGAAACAGUGCAGCACUUCGAUGACAAGCUUGUCCGACUUCAGGGCAUGAUGAAGACUGAAGUUGGCCGGCAGCUCGCAAAGGAAAGAACCGAACGACUAAUUAUCUUCCAGAAGUGGUGGGUUGAAGAGACCGCUUUCGCCGUCGCAUCUCCGGUUUCAGCAUAAGGCUUACUAUAGCACAUUCGUGUUGCUCGAAUAUCAGGACAAGUAAGAGGCUUGAUCUGUUGUUAUGGUUAUUGUCUUGUAGGGUGGUCAAACAAAAAGUACCUCCAAUGUAUAUAACCUGAAGCUAUCAAUGAGCCUGUUCGAGUAAAUACCGCCAGCUUGCAUCGCCAGAUCGAAAACAG